AUUUGCUUUAUCGAUUGAAGUUUUUCCGGGCGGUGGCUCCGGCUCAAAACGCAGUUUUGUUCCAGCGCCCAUUAUCGAUCACUUCCGACCUGUUCAUCAAUCCUCUCUCCUCCUCCAUUCUUCUCUAUCUUUGCUGGAAAUACUGGGACUAGUUCAUCUCUGCUUGAUGUGCCAGACUACUCAUGAUAAACGGGAUCUCGCCUCUCCGCGGUGGCCCUACACUCCUCUCCACCAGCCAUGAACACCUACCCAGCGAGCGCCGAUAUCCCCGAAUGGAGACCUUUGGUCGAAACACAAAGCAGAACGCGAUAUGACUCAGUCUCAGACUAUCUUCAGAGCAAUCAGACUAUAGCAUAUGUCUUUCUGAGCAUCAUCCUGGUGCAUUUCUUCCUGAACAUAUCCGGACAUCUCCUUCCGUCUUUACCACGCGUCUUGUGGAACAUUUCCGUCUACCUAACACCUUCACGAAUCGUAUUUGCACUGGACCCGAAGCGAGAGACGACACAGGAAAACCAUACUGAAGGACAAACGCCACCGAUGGAUACUUUCCAGGCGAAAAGCAAGGCGAUGCAGCGGAUUUUGGGGCUUGAGGAUAGAAAUAAUACGAAUUCCUCUUCUCCCUCUUUUUCGUCUUUAUUAUCUCCCGCCAGGACGUUCUCAGGGAUCGUUGGAAAUGCGCUGUUGCGUGGAGGUUCCAGGGAAAAUUUACCUCCAGGGCUGGGAAACUGGGAUAAUUCUUGCUAUCAGAAUAGUAUUAUCCAGGGUCUAGCUUCGCUGCGGUCUCUGGCAGCAUAUCUGGAGAGAAAUAUUAACGCUCUGACAGAGAGAGGAUCAUUUUCGACGCAUCAAGCCCUAAAGGAUAUCAUAGAGCGACUGAAUAGUCCUGCGUGCUAUGACCAGAAACUGUGGAUACCAGCUGAGUUGAAGUCGAUGAGCAGCUGGCAGCAGCAGGAUGCGCAGGAAUACUUCUCCAAAAUUAUAGAGCAGGUCGAUCGCGAGAUUCUGCAGGCAGCGAGGGGACGCACGGGAAAUCUAGGAUUGAAGGCUGCAGGACCGGAAGAGCACGUAAUCGGAACGGUUUCAAAUUUGAAAUUGACAGAUGAGACGCGUUCUCGAAUCGUUGAAAAUUCCUCGCUUCGAAAUCCUCUGGAAGGUCUUCUUGCUCAGAGGGUCGGCUGCAUGAGAUGUGGAUGGACAGAAGGGCUGUCUCUUAUUCCGUUCAACUGCCUCACGGUCCCUCUGGUUGGAAAUAUAGCAUGCAGUAUACGAGACUGUUUGGAUCAGUAUAUGGACCUGGAGUCCAUUGAAGGCGUGGAGUGCACCAAAUGCACCUUAUUGCGUGCGCGGGAGCAGCUCCGGAAUCUGCUGGAACAGAUCAAAGAGGAUAAGGAUCUUUCGAACUCUCCGCAGUUGCCGGACGCCCCUAACACUCUAAGGGCAUCCUUUGAGGGCCGAUUAAAAGCCGUGGAAGAGGCGCUUGAGGAAGAGGACUUCGCCGACAAGACGUUAUCGAACAAGUGUCACAUCCCUUCGAAAAACCGCGUGUCAACGACAAAGUCGAGGCAGGCGGUGAUCGCAAGGGCUCCUCAAUGUCUUGCGAUUCACAUCAAUCGCAGUCUGUUUGAUGAGAACACAGGGAUGCUAAGGAAGAAUUAUGCUGAACUCCGGUUCCCCACGACCAUUGAUCUCAGCGCAUGGUGUCUGGGAACGAAGUGCAAAGCCGCGGCUGACGGAAGUACCGAAGAGUGGGACACCAAUCCCCGGGCAUCCAUGCUGCCUCAUGCCAGCGCAACCGCAGACGCAGGAAGUAGACAAUACGAACUUCGGGCGCUGAUCACGCAUUACGGCAGACAUGAAAACGGACAUUAUAUUUGCUACCGGAAGUACCCAUCAGAUAUCUUUCCAGCAGAAGUAUCCGAGGCAGUGCUGGCAGCGGACGGUGAGAAGGAAAGAUCCGAACGGUGGUUCCGACUGAGCGACGAUGAUGUCCACAUGGUCAGCGAGCAACAUGUCCUGUCUCAAGGAGGAGCUUUCAUGUUACUCUAUGAAGCGGUUGAACAUCCUCCACUGCCAGCGAAGCCUAUGGACAUGAACAGCCCACGACUUGUGGAUGUUGAGCGACGGAAUCUGGCAUCAAACUCCAGCUUCACCACAACGGAUGACAUGUCCAUGGCAUCCACAGAUGCGUUGACACUCGAUGACACCGACUUGGACACGUCACGAACCCCGAGUAUAUCGCCUCCGGCUCCGGACCGAGUCAUCCCGUCCAUUGAAGAUAUACAACAUGGCACCUUUCCGAAACUGGGGGCUAGGUAUGUUGUAAAUGGCAGCAGGAGCAGUGACAAGGACGCCGAUGGGAUAUCAUCGUCGCCUUCCAUUGUCACAGUCUAGAUAUCUGACCUUGACGGUUCUCGCAGUGAUGUUGUGUUUUUGAGUCAUCACUUUCACCGCCAUUACAAUGAUACCCUUUUCCCCGCCGCAUAAAUGGAUGUUAUUCAACUUAAUUAGCAGGCGUUAUAUUGUUUUUUGUUUUUGUGUAUUUUUUUUUGGUUUCGAGAUAAUGCGGAUCAUCUGGGUUGUAUAAUAUUGGGUCUAGGUUGGGACUUUUAGGCUUUGGAUUAUUACAGUGGAUUGAUUAUGUGUCAGGAAUAAUGAACCGGGUUGAUUGACCAAGGGAUAGAACGGUUAUGGCCAUGCGAAUGGAUUUUAAACAGAAAC